CGUUCGUGUACAUGUGUGUUACAGACGCAUGAUUGCAAUCGAUGCAGAAGAAGAAAGGGGCAAAGGAAAAAGAGAAAAAAGAGUGAGUGGCGAAAUAAAAAGGAAGAAGAAAUGUCAGUCAACAUAGAUAUCAGACCCUCUUGAGUGACACGAGUGACACAUCAGACCAUCGCCCUGCUCGCCAUUCCCCCAGAUGGAUGGACGUGUGUGUGUCAAGGAUGCCGUCGUGAUCAACUCCUGAGGGCACUGAUGUUGCCGGUCAGUGUGCCCAGCGCCACAGAGCCCUUGGUGAAAAACACUACCUGCAGGUCGAUCAGGUCCGCCAUGCGGUCGUUGAGGAACCUACUCGCACACAGAUACACACAGGAGAGGCGUGAAGCGCAUAUGGGCGUGUGGUGCUUCCUCCCUCUCUCUCGAUCUCUGUCCGACUUACUUGUUUCGUUGUGUGAGCAGGUGGUUGAGCUCAUCGGCGCACUCCUGGGUCAGCACAUUGAACUCCUCCUCCAGCUGAUCCACACAGAUACACACACACACACUCACACACUCACACACCGCACACCACACACCCAGACGAACGGACCGUGCGUACCUGUGUGAGUUUCUGUUCGGCUUCGUUGGUGGCAGCCCUGGCAGGCUGCUCGGCUGCCGGGUCGGCGGGCGGGGCGGACGGGGCCGAUGAGGACUUGCCCUUGUUGUUGUCCUCCUUGAGCUUAAAACGCUCACACUAAACCAACACACACAUGCAUCGAUAGCUGGACGGAUGUGCUGUGGCGGGCGUUGACCGACUGGCAUACCACAGCGUGUUGGUCCUGCAUGAGCUUGUAGGCCUUGUCGCGCUUGUCCAGCUUCUUCCUCACUGAACCAACCAACGAACCAACAAACUCUGCCCUGCCCAUGGCAUGGCUGAGUGUCUGUGUGUUGUGUGUGCUGUGUAGCUACGUACCGUUUUGGAUGAGCGCCUCCCGGUUGGUAAGUUCGAAGGCCAGCUGCUCAGCCUUGGUGUGCACAUCUUGACCUGACGUGAGAGGCGGCAACAUGCACAUGCAUCUGGCGUCUUGUCCGGCCGUCUGUGGCUUACGGUCGGUGCCCAGGGCCACAUACGCCUCAGCAUACUUAGCAGCAGCCACAUCCAGCUCGUUAUUGGCUGAUCCACCACAGCAACACAAGACAACGCAAGGCAACCUCGUGUGCGUGUCUGUGUGUUGGGGGUCACCCACCUUUGACGAGGUUGAGUGCCGUGUGCAGCCUGGCGGGCUGCAUCUCGCCCGACGCGUUCAUGAACUUGGUAAACAGACCCGACUCGAACUUGAGUGCGGCAAGGGCGCCCUCGUAGGCCACCAGCUCCUCUCGCUGAGGACUCAACACAUCGUCCUGCAUCCAUCCCAUGCCAUGCAGCCACACAGACCAACACCGAUGAGCGCACAGCCACACCGUCUCUCUGUCUGUUGGUGUGUAUGGGUGGUGUGGUUGGUGUCUGUGCUACAGGCAGGACUCACUCACCGGCACGGGAGGGAACUUGCCCGCUAACUUCUGCUCAACUGCAGGCAGAAAGGGGAUGACACGACACACACCCGGUGUGGUCUCCUCUGUGUUGUGUGGCAUUCCUUUCUUACCGACUUCCACGCCCUUGUGGACGGCCUCAUCGAUUUUCUUGCCGGUCUCCUUGCCCCAUUCCGCCGCCUUGCUGCCGGCUUUCUGCAGACAGACGAGAUGCGUGUGCGCAGACAGACACAAUUGUGACCACUCACUAGCUGCCUCUCCCCCUAGUCUGGGAGUGCGUGUGUGGUACCCAUCCCUACUCACCUGCAGCCCCUCCCUGGCCUUCUGCAGCCCUUCCUUGAAGUUGAGGUUCAUCGAUGAAUGUCGGGAUGUACCAGAGGGUGAAUGAUACCGUGAGAGUUGGAGCGCCCCUUUUCU